GCACGCCGAAGACAUGAUUGUCACCCCUUUUGCUCAGGUGUUGGCCAGCCUACGAACUGUAAGAAGCAACUUCACCAUCCUCGCCAAUGUCACAACACCCACUAACAAGAGGUCACCAGUGACAAGCCAACCCACUGUUCCCCAAGCUACACUCUCUGAGGAGACAUACCAGCAGAUGGCUCGGGAGACUCUGGAGGAACUGGACUGGUGUUUGGACCAGCUGGAAACCAUUCAGACCCAUCGCUCAGUCAGCGAGAUGGCCUCCAACAAG